AGCUUUACCUGGGGGUUUAAAUGCUCUUGAGAAUAGGAAGUUACGUGAUCACCUGUGUUUAAAUAUAGGAUAUCGACAGCGCGCUGUAUUCGAAGGUGAAUUCCCAUAUAUUUUGUAAACGUUUGAAUGAAUUCAUAAUCGUAGUACUACUAACACACAGAGAUUAGGCAUAAUAUGAGUGAUAGUACAUAUUAGUGGACGGGUAUUGUUAUUAAAACUUCGAAGAAAUAAAAAUGGAUGGACAUUACUAUCGAGAGAUUAUUCCGCAACCAGAAUUAGAACCAUUGAACAUGGCGCAGCAAUGUACCGACGCAAAAGAGGUAUACAGUGGCCCCCUCCCAGCCGUGCAUUGCACGAAAAGUAACGGGAAUGGUUCAAGCUCCUACCAAAUGAUCACAGACGCCACUUCUCCUGGCGUCCACUUCCAGUCGCCUCCCAACUUUAACAUCCACCCUUCCGGGAUUGAUCCAGCCAGGCAGCGUUAUUCACAUGCAGAUCUCAUAAAUGACAAUUCUUCAAACGAGUUCUACCCAACACAGGCGCAAGGUCCAAAUGCCAUGGACGUUCGGCUGAACAACAGAAGUGAUCCUCAUCAUCAUAUUCGCAGGAAAUCUAUUGACGAAGAAGCGGACACCACUGAUAAGCCUUUUAUCAACAAAUUCUCUUUAAUUAUUAUCGUAUUUAUGAUUCUGGUGUCUGCAGCAAUAUCCGUCAUGUCUCUUGUGUUCGUAAUGAAGGUUCAGCAACAAAUGGAAGACCUUCAGACAAAGUAUGAUUCUUUGCACACGUCUCAAGCACAGACAGCACGAGAGCCUAACAUCUGUUUACCAUGCACAGAGUUGGAACAAGGCCCUCUACCAGAAGACACGCCAGAGUUAAAGGAUUUGUUGAAAAUGAAUGAAAACGGACUAGAGAUGUGUUGCGCUAAAACCGGAACCCAGGUCGCGCUGUUGCUCAAUCUGUUUUCGAAGAGAAAGCAGCUCGAAAAAUGUGCACUAGAGGAGCUGAAAAAUGAGAACCAACCAGCCACUUCCUGCAAUAGCACUGGGCCCCCUGGUUCCGCCCCACUUCCGCCAACCCAGCCGCUAUACGGCAACGUGUCCGCUCAUUUGCAAGCCGGGAGCCAACCGGACAACUUGGAUCGUGAACAACCUAUUCAAAACUGGCAGGUUGGUCUGGACGCUCCCGGAACACAUCUAACGAACAUUGAAAUGACAGCUGACAAGAAAUAUUUGGUCAUUCCCUCAACUGGGCGCUACUUCCUGUACAGUCAAGUAGGGUUUCUCAUUUAUUACAACGAGGACACUCCCAUAGACCCAGAACAAGGGUCCCAGUCUCUGUUUCAUUUCGUAUACCGUUACAACCACCUUUACGCGGGAAAACAAGAACUUUUGCGAAGUGACAUCACACAAUGUUGGGAGAAAAAUAAAGACUACGGAAGAUACACAAGCUACGUCGGGGCGUCCGUUUUGUUGAACAAGGGAGACAAAAUAUACGUUGAAGUUUCGAAACUCGAGCUUUUGUCAAGAGGGGAAAGCAGUUUAACAUAUUUUGGUCUCUUCAAAAUGGGCUGAACCUGAUUAUACUUCGCGUGUAGAUACUUAAAUUUACGUCUUUCAAACCAAAAGGCAGCGUUUCCAGCAGCCUAAAAGCAUGGUCAUGCGUGUGUCAAUAAUGCCGCUAGUUGUGCUAGCUUUCCAUGACCCUUUGUAGCACACAUCCAGCCACCCGACCACGCCUCACUGCUAAGAUCAAUGGGGCUGGGUAACGCUGAACCAGGAAAUGCACGGUGUCUAAGGUACUGGAAAUCAUUGUCAAACUCCAAGGAGCGGUAACUUCCCAUUGCAGUAUGUUAACAUCACCCCAAGGGAGAUCACUGCGUAUGAGAUUGGUACAACACGUAAAGGGAGAUAAUGCCAAACUCCAAGCAGCGGUUACUUCGUCUUGCAAAGGGAGGUCAGUACGUAUGAGAUUGGUAUAUACAUAGCCAAACUUCAAAUAGUGCCAUUCCCAGUGUGCCAGUAGAGUGUGAAGAAAAUCAAACUAAUCACGCGAUUUCAUUAAGCUCAAAUAAUAAUGAACUUGCUGCUGAGAAAACUUCCAGUCAUGUUUGAAUAAUAUGCUUAAGCUUACACAUGUAUAUACUCAUCUGCCUUGUAACAAGGGCAGAAUAGCUUUUAGGGCCAAUACCAUUGCGCUGUUAUUUAGAAGCGUUUGUUAACACAUGUGACCGUCAUAAAGUUGGUUGUAACCCUGUGUUCAAAAAAGUAUUGUAUUGCCUCUGGUAUAACCAAAGUUUUUCUGUGAUAUUUUUGUAUUCUCAUGAAUAUGAUAUGCUGUAUAUAUUAUUUCGUAAAAUAUAUGUCAUAUUUUGAAAAAUAUUUUUUGGUUUGAUUGUGUUAUCGCCGAAGAAUAUACGUUUUAAUUAAUAAUUUUGUUCAUUAUUUAAUUUUGCUGGCAAAGUUACAAUGAAAACGUAACCGAGGAAUAUAAGGUUUAUUUCUUUAAUUUGUACAUAAUUUUAUUAUAUUAUGAUAUUUUUCGUAUAAUGCUAGGCAUAACGAGAAUAUAUAUGCAUACUGUAUCGAGGGGCGAAAGCAAGAAGGUUUUAAGUGACAUUAACUCAGCAAUAAGAUAGAACCUUUAUGCUUUCACGUAUGCAAUAUCCAAAUGAAAUAUGCCGUUGCUCAUAAAAGGAACCUCAGAUCUCAAACAUAAGAAUGCUUGCAGGGAAUAUGGGACAUGUUAUAUAUGAAGGUUGAUAGCAAUGUCUGUCUGUAUGUUUGUCCAGCUGUUUAAUCAUACAUUGUGUAUUAGCAUACACAUUCAUGGUUGUGAGAUUUGCAUUUCGAAUUUUGUUUUGCUAUACAGAAUUUUCGCUGAAAUGUAUAAAUUAUAAAUUGAUGUUGUUUAUGAAGUAAUUUGCAAAAUAAAAAUAUUUACAUA